AUGGCUGAUAACGUUUUUACCUCCAACACGGUCAACUUGGCCAAGUAUAUGAAAUUGGAGCAGAAGGGCAAAGUCCUUGCAGAGUACAUCUGGAUCGAUGGCACAAACGGCCUGCGCAACAAGACAAAGACUCUCAGCAAGAAGCCCGCAAGCAUUGACGACCUCCCAGAAUGGAACUUCGACGGCUCAUCCACCGGUCAAGCCCCGGGUGACAACUCAGAUGUCUACAUCCGACCCGUCGCCAUGUAUGCCGACCCAAUCAGACUAGGCGAUAACAUUUUGGUCAUGUGCGAGACAUGGGACCCAGAUGGAACACCAAACAAAUUCAACUACAGACAUGAUGCUGCACGAUUGAUGGAAGCAAACAAGGAACACAAGAUCUGGUUCGGUCUAGAGCAAGAAUAUACCCUCCUUGGACCUGAUGGCUACCCAUACGGUUGGCCAAAGGGUGGCUUCCCAGCUCCACAAGGUCCAUACUACUGUGGUGUUGGUACCGGUCGUGUCUUCUGCCGUGACAUUGUCGAGGCUCACCACAAGGCCUGCAUGUACGCUGGCAUUGAGAUCUCCGGCACAAACGCAGAGGUCAUGCCUGCGCAGUGGGAAUACCAGGUCGGCCCAUGUGAGGGUAUCAACCUAGGUGACCAAUUGUGGGUCUCAAGAUGGCUGUUGCACAGAAUCUCGGAAGAGUUCGGCGCAAAGGUCUCUUUCCAGCCCAAGCCAAUGCCAGGUGACUGGAACGGUACUGGUCUCCACACCAACGUCUCCUCUGGUGAGAUGAGAGAAGAGGGUGGCAUGAAGCACAUCGAAGCUGCAAUGAAGAAGCUCGAGGAGCGACACGUCGACCACAUGAAGGUAUACGGUGAAGGCAAUGAGCUACGUAUGACUGGUGCACACGAAACAUCCAGCGUCGACAAGUUCACCUGGGGUGUUGCCAACCGGGGCUCGUCUGUUCGUAUUCCACGACAAUGCGCCAAGGAAGGAAAGGGAUACUUUGAGGACCGAAGACCUGCCUCGAAUGCUGAUCCAUACCAGAUCACUGGUAUCAUCGUCGAGACCAUGUACGGUGCCCUACCAGCUGAGAAGUUCUGA